AUGCCCAACAGCAGCUCCAUGGUCCAGUUCCUCCUGCUGGCAUUGGCAGACAGGCGGGAGCUGCACUUCUGGCUCUUCCUGGGCAUCUCCCUGGCUGCCCUCCUGGGCAAUGACCUCAUCCUCUGCGCCGUAGCCUGCGACCACUACCUGCACACCCCCAGGGAGUUCUUCCUGCUCCACCUCUCCCUCACAGACCUGGGCUUCAUCUGCACCACUGUCCCCAAAGCCAUGCACAACUCCCUCUGGGACACCAGGCACAUCUCCUACACAGGAUGUGCUGCAAAGGUCUUUUUUUUUCUGUUCUUCAUCUCAACAGAGUUUUCUCUCCUCACCAUCAUGUGCUAUGACCGCUAUGUUGCCAUCUGCAAACACCUGCACUACGGGACCCUCCCGGGCAGCAGGGCUUGUGCCCACUGGGUCGCAGCUGCCUGGGCCACUUGGUUUCUUAAUGCUCUGCUGCACACAGCCAAUACAUUUUCCCUGCCCCUAUGCCAGGGCAAUGCCCUGGGCCAGUUCUUCUGUGAAAUACCCCACCUCCUCAAGCUCUCCUGCUCACACUCAGGCUACCUCAGGGAACUUGGGCUUCUUGGGGUUAGUUGCUGUGUAGCAUUUGGGUGUUUUGUUUUCAUUGUUUUCUCCUAAGUGCAGAUCUUCAGGGCUGUGCUGAGGAUCCCUUUGGAGCAGGGGUGGCACAAAGCCUUUUCCACGUGCCUCCCUCACCUGGCCGUGGUCUCCCUGUUUGUCAACACUGGUACAUUUGCCUACCUGAAGCCCCCCUCCAUUUCCUCCCCUUCCCUAGAUCUAAUUGUGUCAGUUCUGUACUCAGUGCUACCUCCAGCACUGAACCCCCUUGUCUACAGCGUGAGGAAUCAGGAUCUCAAGGAUGCCGUAUCAGGGAUUGUUGAUAUAUUUUGGUCUGUGUUUGACCCAACCACCUUUGAAACGACUCCUGUGCGCAUCAAAGCAGAGGGGAAGCCACGCCAUGCGUUCUACCCGCAGACAGCUACACUAGAGAAGGAUGAGGCUCCAGAACACCUGCAAUACAUCAAUGACAUAAUCGUGUGGGGAAACAUGGCAGAAGUCUUCGAGAAAGGAGAGAAGAUCAUCCGGAUCGUCUUGAAAGCCAGCUUUGCCAUGAAAAAGAGUAAGGUCAAGGGACCUGCCUAA